AUGAGUUUUAUUAGAACUUUAAAAAAUACAACUUUAAACGCCAUAAACCAUUUGAAGCAAGAUAACCUCCAAAGUUUGUUAUGGUUGGUGAAUUUAAUACCAUCUAUUGCGGAAUUUACUAAAGCAACUGCGCCGUUUUGGAUUUUGCAUUCGUGCCUUCUUAUUUACGUUUAUGGAACCGGAAGUCUUGUCUAUCAAAUUAAGUUUGCACAAGGUGCUGGGGAUUUUAUAAAAAGUUAUGUAAAUAUAUCAAUACUCACAUUAACAGCAAAUAAUACUUAUUGGUUCUUGAUGCAGAGGUCUCUGUUUAAAUCAGUGCUGAAGAAGGUUAUUAAGAACGAUGAGUUGUCCCGUCAAUCGGAUUUCCUUCUGAAACGCCACAGUAAACUGAUGUCGGUUAUCAAGAAAAUGCUGCUAGUUUUCUACGGUUUAAAUUUAAUUAACGUUUUCGCCAUAUAUCUACCACAUCGAGUUGACGUAAAAAAUAAUUAUUACUCUAUGACACCAUGUGUGGGCCUUGAACCAUUGUCUAAGACACCGAAUAAAGAGUUUUGUUUAGCGAUACUCUUCACUCAAGAAGCUACCUUAAUAACCGUCGUGCUCAAUUAUCAGGCGCUGUUGAUGUUAUUGAUAUCUCAUACUACUGCUAUGUAUGAAUUGAUGGCUGAUGAGAUGACAGCUUUCAACACCGCAGAACACGGCAGUAACACAAUAGUAAAAGAAAAAUUACCUUCUUUAAUUCGACGGCAUUCUUUAACUCUGGAAAUAGUUGACGAUUUAAAAUUAUUGUAUAGUGUGCCUAUUGGGGUAAAUUUUGGCUCAAAUGCCGUUUGUAUAUGUUUAUUUUUUUACUUGCCAUUACAAGAAUGGGUCAAGUUUAUGCCAGUGUUAGUUUAUUGUUUUUUAGUAUAUUUUCUGUACUGUUUCCUUGGUCAAAGGUUGAUUAAUGCCUCGGAAGAGUUUGAAAGGUCUGUCUACUGUUGCGGUUGGGAGAAUUUUGAAUUAAACGAAAUGAGGCAAAUAUAUUUGAUGUUCAUGCAGGCUCAAAAACCAGUGGAGUUGCUGGCUGCUGAUAUUAUACCUGUUAAUAUAUACACAUUUGCCAGAACUUUACAAGGCAUGUUUAAAUUUGUAACCGUAGUAAAAUUUUAA